GUCACGUGAUAUAUUUUAUGCAGAGGACGUAAACAACCAACAAAGCUGUGUACGCAAACCGAGUAAAUAUCAAAUAUUUUCUAAUUAAAGCAAAGUCAUCUAAAAAAGACAGUGUAAAAUUGUUCAUCAGCAAUUCAUAUUCUUCUUUAGGGGUCUGUUUUGUGUGGUAGGUUGUUCGUUUCUAUAAAAUGGCACUAGCAAUGGAGAAUGGCGAAAUUGCUCUUCAAAAUGGCGACGUAGAUGAACAAGAAGAGAUGGCGAUUUCUGGCGACGUUGAUCCGAUGAGUUCUCUAGAGGACCCUGCAAAACCAAUAAGACUCAUAAGAAAAGCUAAAAGAACCCAAAGGACCAACUCUGGAGGGGAUGCAACUCAAAAUAAUGCUCAAACAGAGCGUCUUCCAGUAGCGAAAAAUAGCAGAAAAUCCCGAGAUGGCCGAGGCAGAGGAGAUCCAAAGAAAGGAGGUGCUGGUGGCAAAGGGACAUGGGGAGCUCCUGGGGAUGAAUUGUUUGUUGAUGGAAGCUGUAGAGAUGCCAAUGAUCCAAACUAUGACUCUGACAGUCAGGGAGAUUAUGUGGUGGAAAAGAUAGAACCUGUGGUAACAGCAGACGAGUUUGACCGUAUUGUAACUCCUAUUCUCCUUGAAUAUUUUGAUCACAGCAUAACAAAAGAAGUUGAGACAAGUUUAGAGGAAUUAAACAUAUCUAAGAUGAAGCCACGGAUAGUCGAGUUAGCUGUGAGUUUAGCGUUGGAUCGUAAGGCCUGUCACCGUGAACUUGUAUCCAUUCUGAUCUCAGACUUGUAUAGUAAAGUGAUAGUGGCAAAAGAUAUACAGAAAGGUUUUGAUAAUUUGCUCAACAUACUGGCAGAUCUUGUUAUUGACUCACCAGAAGCUCCAAAGGUAAUGGGCAUGUUCCUUGCGAGAGCUGUUGCUGAUGACUGUUUACCACCGAAAUAUAUCCAGACUUACAAAGGUUUUGUGGACAAUGAGGCUAAACAAGAGGCACUAGAAAAGGCGGAGCUUUUACUUAGUCAGAAACAUGGCAUUGUACGAUUGGACAACAUCUGGGGAACAGGGGGUGGAAUCAGACCUGUCAAAUAUUUAAUCAAACAGAUGGUGUUGUUACUGAAGGAAUACUUGUCAUCAAGUGACGUGAAGGAGGCAACAAGAUGUUUGCAAGAAUUAGAAGUACCUCACUUUCAUCAUGAACUAGUCUAUGAGGCAACAGUGAUGGUGAUUGAGGAUGGUACAGAAAGAUCAGCCGAAAGAAUGGUGAAAUUUUUACAGUCGCUCAGCGAAGCCUGUUACAUCACUCCCGAACAAAUGUCUCAGGGAUUCAAGAGAGUGUUUGAUAACAUGCCAGAUAUCAACUUAGACGUCCCGAAUGCUUAUGUGAUACUAGAAAGAUUUGGUGAAAUGUGUCACCGAGACGGAGUUAUGUCCCCACCAACAUACAGAGAUCUUCCGAAGGGGGGCAGAAAACGUUUUGUUUCUGAGGGUGAUGGAGGAAGAAUUAAACCAGCAAUUCUGUGAUUGACCUCUUUCAAAAUUGCUGCCUUGGAAUGGUCACACGGUAUGUCAUGUGACUUGAGUGUCCGACAUGAUUGGUUUGAACAUAUUUGGGCAUUGUAUCUGCAGCAGGAAGAUACCUGACUUUCAAAACUAUAGUAGAAAAAAUAUAAACUUGGAAAUCAUGUUGGUAGAAGGUGCAGCUUGUCAAUAUAACGAUGUACAUAGAUUUUUGUGUAAUUGAGGUGAAAACAAAAUGUGUAAAGAAGUGGACGGAUAAUUCACUUGGUGAGAUUAGUGUGAAUGGCAUCUAAUAUAUUAGGUUUUGUAAAAUUUACAUUCUCUUGUAUGUUAAUGUUUUUAAUUUUUGUUACCAGUUUUACAUAUUGUACAAUGAACAUUUAACAAAUUUCUGAUGUGAAAAAAGUGCUGUCAUGUUUUGUUAUGUUAAUGAAUUUUGAAGUGCUAUUUUCUUUAUUGAAAAAUUAAACAAUAAUAUCUUGAUUUAGUGAAUUAUGUAAUGUAUUUUGUAGAUAUAUUCAAUCACUGAUGUACUGUUAUUUUAUCAGAAUCAUGAAAGUAAAGUCCCUGAAAUUGAUUAAACGAGACGUACAUUGACUUGGUAAAAAGCAAUAUUGAUUUUAAAUUAUGUAUUUUAAGUGAUUUAUUCAUCCCAGUUUUCCAUGACUUUAGUAUCAUUGUUGGUUAAGGAGGGGGGGGGGGGUGUUGUUUCUGUAUUAUGUCUAAAAUAAGAAGAGAUCUUGCAUGCUAUAAGAGAUAUGAAUUGCUUAAGCCUUACAACUUGAAUUGAUUUAUCAAAAGUUUGUAAAGCAUAAAGUGCAGGAAACACGAUGGUUAGUCAUGAUUAUAAGAUUUUUAUAAUAGAUUUAAUGUUUUGGAAUAACUACUACCCUUUUACAAUAGUUGCAGUUUAUCACUUUAUCACUUACAUUUUCCAAUUUUCUCUUAUUUUCUUCUUAAAACAUAAUUAGCUUUUCUGAGUUGUUUUGUAGUUAUGUAACAGAAUUAAGAAAGGUGUUUUAAUAUGAGCUUUUCAAGUGUGGUAUGAAAAUAACCCACUUCUUAUAGAAUUGAUAUAGAAAGGUUUUAUAUUAAUCUACUUAACAACCAUAUUGAAUUAGAAUAGAAUUGUAUCACUCAACUUACAAAUAGAAUAUUUUUUCCAGGAUUGAAACACUGCAUAAAAUGUAAUUUUUUUGAAAGCUUCAUUUUUCUAUGAGCAUGUGUGGUCUAUAUAACAUUUACAUUUUGCAUUUAUUUAUUAGCACACCCAUUUCUUGUGUUGGUCUUCACUCAUCUUGCUUAAUCUUUUUUUUACUUAUGAUUUUUACCUCUCAUUUUUUAUUAGCAGAAAAUAUGAGUAUUUUUGGAGUUUUUUUUAUCUAUUUACUAUCUAUUUAACAUUUCUUUACCAUUCCAUUUGAACUUUAUUUUUGAUUAUCUAUAUAAUAAUAUAAAUAUCUUAUCAUAGAGAGAGUGAUAGAACGGGGACAAGAGAACAAAGCCUCUGUUGACAUUGUCAAAUGUGAACAUUCUGUUGUAUCACUCUCAGUGGGAUGUGAUAUUUAUUUUAUUAUAACAAACAUAUCAAGGUUCAAGAUAGACAUUUCAAAAAAUAACUAAAAUAAAAAGAACCUGGUAUAUGCAUAUAAGGGUUAUUUUGUAAUGUCAGCAGGUAGGAAAUGUCAUGUUGCCAUGUGACAAUACAGACUGCUACCCUCUUGACAUAGAAAAUAAUACUACAGUAAAUAGAUCACAUGAGGUCUGAUAAUAAUAUUCUCUGCUAAAUUUUCAAACAUCUAGUCAUUUGAUUUGGUUAAAUGAGGAAAGCUGUUUCAAAACACCUCACUGCAGUUCCGGACUAAAGGAGGUAGGAUUGCUAGGUGAACUGUUAGGGGCUUGGGGCAUGCCAUAAUAUUGGUUGGGGGUAAAGUACAUGGUCUUUUUUAUACUAAAAUUAGAAAGACUUAAAUGGUACUGGUUUGAGUCUUUGAAAGACCUAAAGCAUGUUUAUUAACCUAUUGGAAUGAUAAUCUUCUUACAUCAUUUUUCUUUUCUUUUUUAUCGUUUGAAACAAAGGUAUAGGGCUGUUGUUGAAAUCUCAGUAUUACAUUAUGCUAUCUACAGUUAUAUCUGUUAUUAAAGAUUUUCAUGUAAGUUUUAAGACAUGUUUUCUUGUUACGCAUUGUUAUGCAUUAAAUUUGAUUUUUGUAAGGAUAAAAAAAAAAUGUUUGAAAUUUUAAAUAAGUCAAAAGUGAAAGGGGAGUAGAUAGCCUACUGGUCAAGGUCUCGUCAUAGAGGAAGAGUGGGUUUGAAUCCUAUUUGGUAACAACUGUGUGUCCUCAUAAUGACUUUGAACAAGUUUGUUGAAACAUUUUAAAAUCCAGCUUGGAUAGCAAUGUUUCAGAUCGAACCUUACAAGAGAUAUAUCAAAAACAAAUUUAUUAUGUUUUGUGGUGAAAACAUUUAAUCGUUUUUAAGCUUGGUCAUUGGUCUGAUGUAUACACUUGUUGAUAUAUAUUCACUUAGUAAAAAAGAUAUGAUGUAUUGUUUGUAUUAGGAAGUCCAGGGCUGUAUUACAGUGUAAUGUGUAAGAUAUUUAGAUGAAGGUUUUCAUAGCAGAGUUGCUCACUCAGUUGAUACCGUAGAGUGUUUUGUAAAUUUAUUGUCCAGGUUCGUCAAUAACUAAAUUAAAUAAACUUGUUUAAGAGCCGUAAAAAAAUUAUUUUGCGGGGAUUAAUUUUGUUUGUCAUGCAUGUUAUAUUGAACAAAGAAGAAGACAUAGAUGAAAAACAAACUUUAACAAAAUUCUUAAAAUAUGAGACAUCUGUAGAAACAAGUUUUUUAUUCGGACAACAGGAAGAAAAGGUGUGGGGGAACAAUGUAAUACAGACUGGCCUUUCUGAAUAGUAAAUAAUUAUAUAGAAUGUGUUCACACUUACUGAAAAUUCAACUGCUCUAUUUCAAAUAAAAAAAAAAUGAAAAA